CUCUCUAAUAUAGAGCUUCACCAUAUACUAAAGAAAACCCGUUCUAUUCUACCUAUAUGAGGCAGCUAGGCAACACCCUGUCUUAACCCCCAUCUCCUCCAUGCCCCUCAACACUACUUUCACCAUUCCAAUCUCCCUUGCAUGCUCUUCCACUACAUUCCCAUUUUUCCAAGUCCACCACCACCAUCGUAUUCCACAACUCACAUUACCUCAAAUGGAAAAAAAUCACUUCUUACAAAUACUACUCCUCUUGUUCUUGUUUUUGUAAUUAUUGCAAACCUUUAGACCAUUACCUUGGGUGAGUGAGAGAGAGAGAGGGCUAGUCACACAGAAACCCUAGCUUGAUCAAAAUGUGGAUGAUGGGUUAUAAUGACGGUGGCCAUGGCGAUUUCAACAUGCCGGAUUCUUUCAAUGGACGGAAGCUCCGCACUCUCAUUCCGAGGCAGCUUCCCUCUGUAAACAACACUUCUUCGACCAUCACAACUCCUCCUUGUCUAAACCGAUCAGCAAUUCAUGGCUCUCACGAUUUCCUUACGCAGUAUCACCAACUCGCCGCUAUGGCUGAACAAAACAAGAGAUCGGAAUUUCUGAACACGCCACAGGUUGUGGUGAGCUCAAGAUGGAACCCCACUCCGGAGCAGCUGAGGGCUCUUGAAGAAUUAUACAGACGAGGGACUCGAACGCCGUCGGCAGAGCAGAUUCAGCACAUCACGGCACAGCUUCGAAAAUAUGGAAAGAUAGAAGGGAAGAAUGUCUUCUAUUGGUUCCAAAACCACAAGGCCAGAGAAAGGCAGAAACGUCGCCGUCAAAUGGAAUCAUCUGCCCUCUCUGCAGAACACGACCAGCAACUGCAAAUAUCAAUGACGUCUACAGAUAAUCAAAAGAAAGAAGAAUUAUUAGGGGCCAGUAGGACAGGUUUUGAAGUCGCAGAGACCAAAAACUGGGCACCCUCUACAAACUGCAAUACUGCUGCUACACUUGUUGAGGAAUCGGUUUCAAUACAAAGGGCAGCAAAAACAGCGGCAGCAGAGUGCAGGACGGAUGGAUGGAUCCAAUUCGACGAAGAAGAAUUGCAGCAAAGAAGAAACUUUGUAGAAAGGAAUGCCACGUGGCAGAUGAUGCAGUUGUCCUGUCCUUCUCACCCUCCCACCCACCUCAUAAACACCCCUCCUACUUGUGCUAGUACGAUGGCCAGAUCUAGGGCAGCAGCUACUGUAAGAAGGGACCAAAGGCUCUUUAAGUCUCAUGAUCUCAGCAUCUUCAUAGCGCCCUACACAUCAGAAACUGGUUUCAACACUGUCACUGAGCAAGAUCCUGGAUGUGAGGAAUCUCAAACCCUUCAACUCUUUCCUCUUAGAAGCGGUCAUGUCAAUGCCUGUGCCAAUGCCAAUGAGCUAAGCGUUAACGAUAAGGAUCAUACGGAGCUAUCCGCUACCUUCAGUGCUCAUCCUUUCCCCUUUUUUGAGUUCCUUCCAUUAAAGAACUAAUUAUUAUGUAAUAACCACUUAAUUAUUUGCUAUAGAUGACGUAAGAUGAUGGUAUCGUUAUUGGGAGGUGUUUAGAUUUUGUUAUUUUGUUGGAAAAUGGAGGACUGUUAAUUUAGUAAUUAAGAAGCUGUUGUUGAUGUUACA